AUGAAGAGGGCAUACAACUACUUCUUCGGCGCAGGUGCUCCCGUGCCCGCGCCCGCUGCUCCCCCCGUCACCACCACCGAGUCCACACCACCAAGCAGAGAUGGUACAAAACUGCACGACAAUGGCGUAGAUACCCCGCCUGAGACGCCCCGCGAGGCCCCGGCACGCCUUAGUGAAGACGAAGCUGCGAUUCCCCGCUAUCCUCUCUCCCUUCACGCGAGAGCGUCCCCAUUAAGCAACGCCCCUCCGAAUACUGUGCUGACCUAUGGCUCUCCCCCCUCAGCAGACUCUCCCGCUCCCUCACCAGAUGAUUCCGACAGCCUCGAGACGCAAAUCUCGAAGCUCAAGAGGAAGCUUGCACGUGCUGAAAAUGACCUCGACGAGGCACAGCGCGUUGCUGCUACACAAGACGAGCAUGUGCGCAGUCUAGAGGAGGACCACAAGGAGCGCGAAAAAGAGUUUGAGUCGCGCGAGCAGACCCUCCAGCAGGACAAGAAGGAACUCGAGGAGCACAUGGUCAGCGUCGUCGUACAGCAAGUACGCGAGGCCAAGGCCAAGGAGAGGAACACUGUCCGCGAAGAGUGCGAGGCCGAGUUCAAGGCCAAGGUUGAGGAAAUGAACAAGGAGGUUGAGACUCUUCGUGGUAACGUUUCCGACCUCGAGAGCUCGAUCGAAUCGUACAAGGCCGACAUUGCUAAGCUCCAGGCUCUGGUCGACAGCCAGCAAUCAGCUGGCGCCGAGUCGGCCGACAACUCGGCUGCCAUUGAGGCCAAGGAGGCUGAAAUUUCUGCCGUCAAGACACAGCUCGAGGAGGCCACCACCGCAAAGAGCAGCACCGAGAAGCAGCUCGCCGAGGCUCUUGCCACGAUUGAGGAGCUCAAGAGCCAGAAUGCCGACACAGUCGCCAAAGCUGAGCUCGAUGCCCUUGCUGCCGACCGCGAUGCUCAAAUAGCCAAGGUUGAGGAGCUCACCGCCGAGGUCGCUGUCCUCAAGACGCAAAUCUCUGAGCUGGAAGAACUCAAGUCCAAGCACGCUGAGCUCGAGGCCGCACACAGCAAGCUCUCGGACGAGCUUGCCACCCGAAGCAGCCAGGAAGCUGAUGCCGACAAGGCGUCCAAGGCGGAGAUUGAGGGUCUCCGCAGCACCAUUGCUGAGCUGCAGGCGUCUCUCAAGGAGGCCAAGGAUACUCUUGACCAGAAGGCUGCUGACCUCGAGGAAAAGACCAAGGAGCAUGCCGCUGCUACUGAGCAGGUUGCAUCUCUCACCGAGUCAUCCAAGAGCGAGGUUGAUGGCCUCAAGGCUGAGAUUAGCGAACUGCAGGACAAGCUCAAGGCUGCCGACCUGUCCAAGGGCGACUCUGAGGAGCUUGCUGCAAAGAUUACUGCUCUCGAGAAGUCGUUGACGGAGGCACAGGACAGCCUCACUGCCAAGGCAUCUGAACUCGAGGCGUCUUCAUCUUCCCUUGCUUCUGAGAAGGAAGCUGCCAUCAAGGCUGCCGAGGAGGCUCAGACCAACGUCAACUCACUUACUGCUAAGAUUUCCGAACUCGAGGCCUCUCUCAAGGAGUCGCAGGAGAGCCUUUCCGCCAAGGACGCUGAGCUCGAGACCGCCAAGGGCGAUGCAUCCAAGGCUAUCAGCUCUGCCAAGGAGGAGGUUGCUGGACUCCAGAGCACUGUCAGCAAGCUCGAAGCUGAGAUUGAGAGCGCCAAGGGUUCUUCCGACGAGCAGACUGCUGCUGCGAAGAAGGAGGCCGAGGAGCUUCGCGAGACCGUCUCCAAGCUUGAGGCUGAGUUGGCGGCUGCAAAGGAGGAGUCUAGCAAGGCUUCCGAGGCUUCUGCUACCAAGGUGACUGAGCUCGAGGCUUCGUUGAAGGAGGCUCAGGAUAACCUUGCUACCAAGGAGUCUGAGCUUACCGCUGCAAAGGAAGAGGCCAGCAAGGCUGUCGAGUCAUCUAAGAGCGAUGCCGAGGGUCUCCAGAAGACCAUUGCCGAUCUCGAGGCUUCGCUGAAGGAGGCUCAGGACAACCUUGCUGCUAAGGAUACUGAACUUACCGCCGCAAAAGAAGAGGCCACCAAGGCAGUUGAAUUAUCCAAGGGCGAUGCCGAGGGUCUUCAGAAGAUUGUUUCUGACCUCGAAGCCUCGCUGAAGGAGGCCAAGGACGGCUUGUCUGCUAAGGAGACUGAACUUGCCACGGCAAAGGAAGAGGCUAGCAAAGCCAUCGAGUCGUCCAAGGGCGAUGCCGAGGGUCUCCAGAAGACCAUUUCCGAUCUCGAGUCCUCGCUGAAGGAGGCCAAGGACAGCCUGUCUGCUAAGGAAUCGGAACUCGAGGCCGCCAAGGGCGAAACUACCAAGACGGCUGAAUCUUCAAGUGCAAAGAUUGCCGAGCUGGAGGCUAGCCUGAAAGAAGCCCAAGAUAGCCUUGCUGCUCAGAAAUCCGAGUCAGAGGCUAGUCUCAAGGAAGCUCAGGAUAGUCUUGCUGCGCAAAAGUCUGAGUUGGAGGCCAAAUCUGCCGAUGCUGGCAAGGUUUCUGGACUCGAGGAAGCUCUUGCUGCUGCAAAGGCUGAACUUGAGGCGGCCAAGGGUGAACUCGAGGCUGCCAAGGGUGAGACCACUAAAGCUACCGAGUCCUCAAGCGCAAAAAUUUCAGAGCUGGAGGCCAGCCUAAAAGAAGCCCAAGAUAGCCUGACUGUUCAAAAGUCCGAGUUGGAGGCUAGUCUCAAGGAAGCCCAAGACAGCCUUGCCGCCCAAAAGACCGAGUUGGAGACCAAGUCUGCCGAGGCCGGCAAAGUCGCCGGACUUGAGGAGUCACUCGCUGCCGCCAAGGCUGAGCUUGAGGCUGCUACCGCUGCAAAGGACGAAGCUAUAAAGGCUACCGAAUCAUCCAAGCAGGAGACCGAGAGCCUUCAAAGCACCAUCAGCGAACUCGAGGCAUCUCUCAAGGAGAAGACUAGCCAGCUCGAAGCCAAGGAGGCCGAGCACUCUGAAUCUGUCAAGGCCGCCGAAGCAUCCAGCAACGACAAGAUCGCCGCCCUUGAGAAGGAACUUGCCGAUGCCAAGGCUGAGGCCGGCAAGGUCGCCGAUCUUGAGGCUAAGCUUGCCGCUAAGGAGACGGAACAUUCCGAGGCUCUCCAGGCCGCACAGUCCUCUGGUGACGAAAAGGUCUCUUCUCUCGAGAAGGACCUUGCUGCCGCUGAAAAGGCAAAGGAAGCUGUCGAGGAGGAGCUCAAGGCAUCCAAGCAGGCUGAGGCUGAGGCCAAGGAGAGUGCCGCAAAGGCUGCAGAGGGCUCCUCCAAGGCCGAGACUCUCGAGACCGAGAUUGCAGACCUCAAGGCAUCAGCUGAGAAGUCGACUGCUGAGAAGGCGGAGCUCGAAGAGAAGAUCAAGGCCAAUGACACCAAGAUUGCCGAACUUGAAUCAAGCGUCGAGGCUGCCAAGGCCAAGGAGUCUGAGCUGACUGCCCUUCAGGCCAAGCUUGACGAGUCUAUUCAGGCCUCUGAGACGGCUACCAAGGGCCUCGAGGCCUCCAAGGCUGAAGCUGCUGAGGCCAAGCAAUCGCUCGAGUCCCUCCAGGCCACCCUGAAGGAGAAUGAGGAGAAGACGGCUUCCCUGCAAUCCGAAUCGGAGACUCUGAAGAAGGAGCACGACGAGGUCAAGACUGAGCUCGCAUCCGUCAAGGAGCAACUCGAAAAGGCAAAGGCUGAACAAGAGGAGCUCAAGGCCGCCGCUGCUCAGAAGGCUGAGGCAAAGGAGGCUGAGCCCGUCAAGGAAGCCGAGAAGCCCGCUGAGGAGACACCUGCUGCCACUGAACCGGAAGCCGCCACUGCUGAUGCCCCUGCUGGUGACGACAUCAAGGAGACCGAAGUUGAAGCACCUGGCUCCCCCGACUCCAACAACGAACCAGAGACUCCUUCUACUCCUACCGCUGACGACAAGGACGAUGACGGCGAGGCGAACGGUGAGCAAACACCAAGCGGGUCGAAAAAGAAGAAGAACAAGAAGAAGGGCAAGAAAUAA